AUGGCGUCGAAAACAGAAUCCGUACAAUGCUUCGGCCGGAAGAAAACCGCCGUCGCGGUUACCCACUGCAAGCGUGGCCGUGGAUUGAUUAAGAUCAACGGCGUCCCCAUCGAGUUGGUCCAACCGGAAAUCCUGCGUUACAAGGCAUUUGAACCCAUUCUUCUCCUCGGUCGCCACCGCUUUGCCGGAGUGGAUAUGCGCAUCCGUGUCAAGGGUGGUGGUCACACCUCCCAAAUAUACGCUAUCCGUCAGUCCAUUGCCAAAGCCCUCGUUGCUUUCUACCAGAAGUACGUGGAUGAGCAGUCAAAGAAAGAGAUCAAGGACAUCCUCGUGAGGUACGAUAGGACCCUGCUUGUGGCAGAUCCCAGACGCUGUGAACCCAAGAAGUUUGGUGGUCGUGGUGCUCGUGCAAGAAAGGGAUCACACACUUUGCCAAGUCCUCCAGCAACAGAAUCACGUCGCUCAUUAUCUCAACUCCGUCGAGAACGAGCGUGGUGGAGGCGAGUGAUAGAGAGGUCAGGAUCGGAGGGCCAGAGAAGGUCAAUACGACAAUGUAUGGUGGUUCUUGGUGUUGGGAAUCAGAAAGGAGGGGCUAAGUAUUUGAAUGCUUUGUUGGGUGCAUUUUUUGGUUGGUACCGAUUGGAGGGGACUUCUUUCCUGGAGAUUGAGGAAGGAGAGUGGUUCGCAAGUGGGAGCCCCGACAUGUUGCCAUCUGCUCCGUCACACACGCAGGCAAACUCGUCCCGGCGCGGCUUCGAGCUGGGAACAGAUAGCGACAGGGAGUACGAAGGUGACAAGUUCCCCAUUAACGCGGAGGCCACAGAUUCCAGUGGUAGCCCCGUCGAGGGUCGUGCUGCUUCCUCCAUGAACAUAUCUGGACGAAGUAGUGGGGAAAAAAGAAAACACAAAAACAGGAAGGGAAAGUCGAAGAAGAAAAUGUACGGUGCGAGGGAGGUGUCGGCUUCCCUUGAGCAGUUGGCAAGUGUCGGAACGGAUCUCGCGUCAAUUGCGCGAUCGCAUCGUAAGGCGGGAAUGACAGUCGGCGAAUGCGUUGACGAGCUUCUGUCGUUUGGCCAUGUUCAGGAAGGUGAUAGACUCCACCUUUUCGCCCUAUGGUUCCUACGAGACAAAGACAAUCGUACCUCUUUUUGUGCUGCGAAGACACCUCUUACUAAAUAUAAAUUCAUUGAGUACUGUUUCGAGCGAGACAAUGCGUCCAUUAGCCGUAAGGAGUGA